AAAAGCAACCCUCGACUCUUCCUUAGUCCCGGAUUAUACGUCGUACAGUGAAGUACGUUACAGCUUGCGAAAGCUCGUAUAACCAUUUGUUGAAAGUUGAGUGAAUUUUUCCUCAAGCCUUCCAAAAACACGUGUUUCGCUCUGAAAGUGUUGAAAACAAUCGAAUCGAAAUGCCGCUCGCCAAGGAUUUCCUGCACCCGCUUCCGGCCGAGGAGAAGCGCAAGCACAAGCUGAAGCGCCUGGUUCCGCAUCCCAAUUCGUACUUCAUGGACGUCAAGUGCCCCGGAUGCUACAAAAUUACGACCGUGUUCAGCCAUGCCCAAAGUGUCGUCGUUUGCACCGGUUGUUCCACGAUCCUGUGCCAGCCCACGGGAGGAAAGGCCCGGCUCACGGAGGGAUGCUCGUUCCGCAAGAAGCCCUACUAGGUUUAAGGUGCCGAAGAAAAGUAUCCGGAAUCUGCCUGCUAUUCCGACGAAAUGUUCGCCGCCCUAGAGAAUAAGGAAGCCGAUCUGCGUCGAAUGCGAAGGAUUUAAUUGGAAUCCGGCGCGUGAAGUGCAGUGAAGAAAAGGUGAUUUGAAAUUAUUCUUAUUGUUUUAUAGCAUAUUGUAUCGGAAUCGGAGGAAUAAAGGAAGAUUUUGGAAACAAAUGGAAGGAGCCACAGAAA